GGAAAUAUUUUUUAUAAAAUGGUGUUUAAAUAUAAGGCAGAUGUUUUCUCAGCUUUAAUUUUCUUUCUUUCUGUCCCUCCCGGCACUUUUUUACAUUUAGUGUUGAGAGGCAAAAUGGUCCAUGCCGAAGCAUUUUCACGUCCCCUGAGCCGGAAUGAAGUGGUCGGAUUAAUUUUUCGUUUAACCAUAUUUGGUGCUGUAACAUAUUUUACCAUUAAAUGGAUGGUUGAUGCCAUUGAUCCGACCAGAAAGCAAAAAGUAGAAGCUCAGAAACAGGCUGAAAAACUGAUGAAGCAAAUUGGAGUGAAAAAUGUCAAGCUUACUGAAUACGAAAUGAGUAUUGCCGCGCAUCUCGUAGACCCACUUAGCAUGCAUGUAACCUGGGGUGAUAUUGCAGGCUUAGAUGAUGUUAUUACAGAUUUGAAAGACACUGUCAUUUUGCCCAUCAAGAAGAAAUACUUGUUUGAGAAUUCCAGGCUCUUACAGCCACCAAAAGGAGUACUUCUCUAUGGCCCUCCUGGUUGUGGCAAAACGCUGAUCGCCAAAGCUACAGCAAAAGAAGCAGGUUGUCGAUUUAUUAAUCUCCAGCCUUCGACACUGACGGACAAAUGGUAUGGAGAGUCUCAAAAACUGGCUGCUGCUGUCUUCUCCCUUGCUAUAAAGCUCCAACCAUCCAUCAUUUUUAUUGACGAAAUAGAUUCCUUCUUACGAAGUCGAUCGAGUUCUGACCAUGAAGCUACAGCUAUGAUGAAAGCUCAGUUCAUGAGUCUGUGGGACGGACUGGACACCGAUUAUAACUGCCAAGUAAUAGUGAUGGGAGCCACCAACCGUCCUCAAGAUCUUGACUCUGCCAUCAUGAGAAGAAUGCCGACCCGGUUUCACAUCAACCAACCUGCUCUGAAACAAAGAGAAGCUAUCUUGAAGCUGAUUUUGAAAAAUGAAAAUGUGGACAGGCGUGUAGAUCUCCUAGAAGUUGCCAAAGAGACUGACGGCUUCUCAGGCAGUGAUCUGAAAGAAAUGUGCCGGGAUGCGGCACUCCUCUGCGUCAGGGAAUAUGUCAAUUCUGCCUGUGAAGAAGAGACCCAUGACGAAGAUGAAAUUCGGCCUGUGCAGCAGCAGGAUCUCCACAGGGCAAUUGAGAAGAUGAGAAGAUCCAAGGAUGCCACACUGCAGAACGUUUUGAUGCACGUUAGUUUAGAUUAAGACAAAGGAGUGUGUUUGCGGUUUCUGAUGUGAUUUAGUUUGGCUUCUGUAAUCAGUUAGCAAAAACAAUGUCAGGGGGUGGGAGCCGGGGAUGUUCCUUGAAUUAAAGGAGUUCUGUUUCUGGAAUUGUUUUUAUACAACAAAUUCUAAGUUAUUGAACUUUUGUCAUGCACAACUAGAAGUGUAACAAUAGAUCAUGAAGUGGAACAAUUACAGCCCAGACCAAGAGCAAACUGCCUGUGUCUUGUCCCGUAAUCGAAACACUGUGGAGCCUUAAAGCAGGUUCUGACGUGGUGCGUGGGGUCGGCGGC